AUGAGUAACCCUCCAUUGAAAUCAGGAAGCGAUCUUUAUCCAGAGACUUCUGCUAACAGCAGACAAGCUCAAUCUACACCUAUAUCCGUUGCAUCCGGUAGCUGUACCAUAUUGAAGAAUCACUUGAACCAAAAGGCCACUGUCCAUGAUGCUACCGAUGACGAGUGUAGCUCUGACUCGGAAGGGACCGUCCAAAGUCCCAGCCAUCACGAGCGCCAUAAGCGCGUACGCCUCCAGGAUAUCUUAUCUCAAGGUGAUGAUCGUGGCGAGGAUUUCGAAUCGCCGUCAAAGAGGGCGAAGGUAUUGACCACAACAUGGACAUCCACUGACCCUCCUGAUGUUUUAAACUAUUUUAAUGAACGCAUGCUCGAACUUUCAUACGUCACUCGCCGGGCUUUUGCUGCGAGAAUCCGAUACGCACGCCUUCGUAGCCACGAACUUGACCUGAUGAAGUCCAUCGUCGAGUAUGAAAACGAGCAGUCCAAAAUACAGGUAAAUGCAAUUGAUCUGCAGAUCAACUCCCUCAAAGACACGCUUCGCGAUGCAGGGGUGGACAUGGAGAGCAAAGAGUGUAGGUUAUCCAAGGACAACAUCAGGAUGUUCUCAGGUGAUGACGAUGACGAUGAGGCAAGUUGGCAAGAAGAUGAUUCUUGCGACGUUACAUUUUCAUUUGGAAGUUCUGGAUCUGGCUCAGAUUACGCGUCAGAUGAAUCGCAUGAUGAUUGA